AUGACACGAUCUUGGGAACAGGAAGUUCAUGAUAUGUUCCAACAACAUGACAAGGAUAUGAAUGGUUUUAUCAGUAAAGACGAUGUAUUGAUGAUGCUUCUUCAAGCUGAUAAGAAUGAAAAAAAGGAUCCAGUAUUCAGGACAAAUCUUAAAUUUUUAAUAAACAGUAUCAAGUCUGCAGAUAAAAAUGGUGAUGACAUUAUCACUUUUGAAGAAUUCAAAGAUUAUAUUUGUCAAGUCACUUUAUCUCCGCAGUGA